AUGGUUGUCAAGGACUAUGUCUUUUGCGAAUACGAAGGCCUCCAGAACCUGGCCCAUGAUUUGAACAUUAGAGAAUCCGAACGGCUAUUAGAAGGAUACCAGGUUUACAUAGUCGAGCAAUGGAUAUCUGACAGAAAGAGACCAUACAACACCGUUACCGUGUUUACAGGUGAUACAUCACACAAAGCCAAGGCAUGGAUUCUCAGCGUUCCGGAAGACACAUCAAAUUCAUAUGAUAAAGAAUUGGAGAGGCUUUUCGAAAGCCUAAAAAAUGACAUGGCAAGACCCAAGAAUACCGAACUAGGAACAAUAAUGGUUACCAAUCUAAACACAUUUCCACCGAUGUUGAAUACCGUGCUUGUCCCCGAUGGAGAUUUCGAGGGACAGAAAAUGUACUUUUAUAUAAAUCUGAAUUUGAGGAAAGUUGGGUGUAGCGGGCGAAGUGCGUUGUCGUUAAAGAAACCGACUGAUGUACAACAAGAACAGUUCAUCCACCUUUAUCAGAUUAAAAAAUCUGAACAGAUUACUUUUGAAGCCGCUGUUCUAGAACUGGUUAAGCUUGUGCAGACGGCUCUACUUUUCUUUGGUUUAUUUCCUAAACAGCACAUCGACGGUUUGCUAUGUGAUAACACCCAAAAUGCACUUGCUACUUUUAAAACGAAAUUUGCCCAUAUUUUGCAGAUUAGAGAUAACGCAUUGAAUCCAAACAUACUUGAUCCUAAUCUCGUUGCGGGACUAUUAAGUCUGGUCAUAAUUAUCCGAAACAGAUUGAAUUCAUUAGGAUAUCAGGUAGCCAAGGAUCCCUUUUCUGAACCAGACAAUUUGAUAACAGCGAUAGAAUUAUUUCAGAAAUCAGCAAAGAUCUGUAUAACGCGCUUUUUGGAUACGCAUACUCUUAACGAAAUUUCCAAGAUUUCUGAAAAAGAGCGAUUUCCCGAUGCUCUAAAGGUUCACAAAGUGUUAAAAUCAAAAUUAGAACCAGGUCUUUUAAACCAGCAAGCAGACGUAUUCACCACGGACAUUGAUGAAUUUGCCAAGCAAGUUCAUAUAGAACGACUGAAAUAUCUCUGGCGAGGCAAAGUAAAGCAAUCACAACAGGCUGAUGAUUGGUUUCAUGAGGGAAAAGAACUUGGUAAAAGCAUUCUUCGAGGGGUGUCGGGACGCACGGCCAAGACGGGAGACGUAAUUCGAGGUUUCAAGGACGGUGUUACUGGAUCGCUAUCGAAUUUAGUUGAUAAAAUACCUAAAGAAAAAGAUUUAAGGCGUUGGCCUGGGAUGCCUUCUUUUAGACCAGAAUUUGGAUCCGGUCGAUUAUUAAGUCCAUCGUCAAAACUAAAGCACCACAACAGUGGGAAACACUUUUCUUCGACACAUGCCCCACACAUUGACGAUAAAGUCGACGAUUCCGUUUCCGCCUUUCCUAAAUCCUCUGUCCAUACUUGUGAUGAGGUCUCUGACAACGUUUUACAACGUCGUCAUUCAUUCAACAUCGAAAUACCAUCACAAAGAACGACGUUGCGAAAAGUAAAAUCGUUUACUGACAUGGGCGCAAAAGAUGAACUUUUACAUAUCAAGCCGGUUGUCGUCGACGUUAAAACGUACGAACUCUAUGAUAAUCUAAAACGAAAAGAAAUAGAAUUGAAGAAUUUAAAGAUCAAGUUGGAGGAGGUUGCUGAGAUGUAUAAAGAUCAGAUAAACAAGCUGGCUAACGCUUAUGAGAUAAAGCAGAAAGAGUACAAGAUAGUUGAACAAAGUGCGGUCGCCAUACUGGAAAAGCAAAAGUCGGUAGCCAUGUCGGUAAAAUCAAACGUCGAAGCCAGCAAGUCAAAAAUAAAUUACACAACCGAAACGAUAGGUUUCAAAUUGAAUGAAUUUGAUGAGUUUGUCGUCAGAUACUGUUUGGAUAUUGAGAUUCUGGAAUCAAAGAUGCCUCAAUCAUCUCGUUCUGAACAGUGGUUAUUAUCAUUCAAGGAAUUUAUUCAGCGUCAAUGGUUUGGUCUGCUGCUAUGGCAUAAUGGACAAAACGAAGUUGAUAAUGGCACGUAA